AUGGGUGUCGCAAAGAAAACCCGCAAGUUUGCCCAGACCAAACGCAUUAUCAAGAAGCAAGAUCAACGUGUGAAGGAACCUAUGAAUAGCACCAAAAAAGAAAAGAAGCCCAAGGAAAAUGAACUGGUCAAACAUGUCGCCCAAGCUCCCUCCAACAUGUUCUUCGCCGCAAACACAGCUUUGGGACCUCCCUACCACGUUCUUGUCGAUACCAACUUUGUCAGUCACACUAUUAGAAGUAAACUGGACAUGCUUCCAGCCAUGAUGGACCUGCUGUACGCGAAAUGUAUUCCGACCUUCACAGACUGCACCAUUGCGGAACUCGAGAAGCUUGGUGAGAAGUACCGACUGGCACUUAGAAUAGCCAAGGACCCCAGAUGGGAAAGACUCCGGUGCGAUCACGCCGGUACAUAUGCAGAUGACUGUAUCGUCGACAGGAUAUCCAAGCAGAGAAUUUAUAUCGUCGGUACGAACGAUAAGGAUUUGAUUCGCCGCAUCCGCAAGAUCCCUGGUGUGCCAAUCAUGAGAGUCGCGAGAGCCAAAUAUACGAUUGAGAAGCUGCCCGAUGCCUUGGAUUAA